AAGUCGCACGAAUACGAUACCGCUUGAUGCCGACACUUUGUUCCCGUUGCUGUCGGCUGCUAGCAGUGCCAGCUGCAUCCGGACGACACGACGUAACGCUCGCGAUACGGAGACAGAGAGAGGAAAAUCGUCCGUGCAUUCACGAUCUAUCACGGUCCGAGUGAAGUGUCUGCAGAUACGCGAGUCGACAUCGAGAUAAUCCCUGACACGAACCGGCAGUUCUAGAUAAGAGUCAUUAUCUCGUAGAUAGAUAUUCCUGUGAGAAGAGUCUACGCUGGAGUACGCCGAAAUGACCAAGUCAGAGAAUAUCUUUCUCUUUGUGCCAAAUAUCAUCGGUAUCGGCAGAGUGAUUCUGGCAUUGAUUUCCUUCUACUUUAUGUCCACCAACUACGUCAUUGCAUCAUGGUGUUACGUGGUUAGCUCGUUGCUGGACGCGGUAGACGGCCAUGCGGCCAGGUAUUACAAUCAGAGCACCAAGUUUGGUGCGAUCUUGGAUCAACUGACGGAUAGAAUCGGCACGAUGUGUCUCAUGGCUACGUUGUGCCAAUUCUACGAACCCUAUACCUUCUGGUUUCGAGUGAGCAUGGCUAUCGACAUAUCCUGCCACUGGAUAUAUUUGCACACGACUCUUCUGCAAGGAAAAACCAGUCACAAAUUUGUCGAUAUGUCCGAGAAUCCGAUCAUGAGACUGUACUACACAAAUCGCAUGGUACUAUUCUUCAUGUGCGCUGGCAACGAAGCAUUCUACGCUGGUCUAUACCUCCUGCAUUUUACCCCAGGACCAAUUUUUGCCGGUAUGAGUCUGUACAAUUUAAUCGUGCACUUGACCUUCCCGAUAGCACUUGUCAAAGCCGCUAUCUCUCUAUUACAUGGAUACGUGGCAUGCAUCAAUCUCAGCAUCAUUGACGUGAAAGAACGCCAGGAGCGGCUUAAAAUGAAUUAAGAAUCUCUCGCUCUCUCAACGCAUUAUUUGCUAGUCAAGUUGAAUGUGAUCUACGAUCUUCCUAUUCUAUAAAUUGAUACACGCAUGUUUAUAUACUUCCAUAUAUAUAUUUUUAAGAAGCAGAAAGAACGUGUUUAAAAAUGCGUGGUCAAAAGAUGUCUCUAUUUAACUUAUAGAUCUAUCUUGUAAACUCAAAUGAAUGUCGUUAUCACUUAUAUUGUCCCAGAUAUAAUAUACGGUAAAAAGCUUAAUGAUAACAACACUCGUCAAAAGUUACAGAAUAGGCCUAUUAGUUGAUGUAGGAAAUAUUAUUCUUUAAAAAUAAUCUGAAGAAAAUGGCCAAACUCUCUUAGGAUAUAUGUGAAAUGUAUACUUUUACGAAAAAGGAGAGGAAUUUAUUUUUAAAGCACUAAUAGUGACAAAGACCAAAAUAUUUCGUUACUAAUAUGGCAUAGUUUCAUAGGCUGCGUUCAGCAGAAAAAUAGUUUUACAACUGCUGUAAAAUUUUUUAAUAUGAUUGAUCUUGCCUUUAGUUCCUCAUUAUAAAUGCAUAAACCAAUCGUUAAAGAAUUUUAUAAUUAUCAAACUGGUUUUUCUGCUAAACGCAAUCAUGUUUUCAUAAUCUGCUAAAGAGCAAGGCCAUAAGCCAUAAAGCCUUAAACCAAGAAAUUGAUUAAUCAUAAUUGAAUAUGAGAAAAAUAAUCGACUGUGAUUGGUCAAUUUCUUACGGCUUUUCAACUUAGGAUCUCUUAAAAUAAGAUUGUGAACCUAGACACAAUCUUUUGUAGCAUAUCGUUUAUAGCAUUUAUUAUACACUAGAAGAGUAAGUUAUUAAUGUUCUUUCAAGAUUUCGGAUAUGUAGAAAUUACAGAUUCCUGUGCAUCAAUAUUCCUUAUAUUUUUUUAUAUUUUUCCAGUAGACAGUUUAGAGGAUAACAUAUUCCUCGUGUAACACAUUCUUUCAUAUAGGAAAAAUGAUUUCGAUGUAUCGCAAUAUGUUGAAUAAAACAUGAUUU